UGGCGCACAGUCCACGCAUUCUGACCUGGUAAGCAGCCAGUGUCGGAUCGGCAGAAGAUACAAAUAUCAAGACAAUCACGUGAGAAAGGAAAAGGAAAUUCGGACGGGUCCGAAAUUUUCUACCACCCACCCCCUAUUUAUUACUCUCCCCGUAUUUAUUAUAAUAAUAAUAAUAAUCGAAAGUGUUUUUUAAUGUGAAGUGUGUCCUAGUGUUUCAUGUUGAAACUCGUCUCUUGAUUUGAGACAGGAAAAAAGAAAAAGAAAGAAAGGAAUCGAGCCACGUGUGAUUCACAUUUUCAAAUAGGAACUCGUGCAAAAGUGUACCUUUGAGUUUUUGUUUUUCCUUGCAAGUUCUUUUUUUUUUAGCAAAAAUAUUUCAAAUUUUUUUUAUUUUUUGUUUUAAAUUUUCGACAUGGAAAUGGAUCUACUUUGUUGCGAAAAUUCAGAGACUGAGUGCAGAGCAUAUCCGGAUCCAGCACUUCUCGAAGAUGAUCGAGUUUUGAAAAAUCUUCUCAAAUCUGAAGAAAGAUUUGCACCCCGGAGUUCUUACUUUCAAUGCGUGCAGACAGACAUCUCGCCGGUCAUGCGCAAGAUCGUCGCCGAGUGGAUGUUGGAGGUAUGUGAGGAUCAAAAAUGUCAAGAGGAGGUUUUUCCAUUGUCAAUGAAUUACGUCGACAGGUUUCUUUCUAUCUGUCCAAUCAGAAAGUCACAGCUACAGCUGCUGGGAACAGCUUGCCUUCUUUUGGCCUCGAAAUUAAGGGAACCGAGGCCCCUAUCGGCCGAGGUGCUCGUCUUUUACACCGACAAUUCCAUCAGUCUCGAUGACCUUUGGAGGUGGGAGCAGCUGGUGGUUUCAAAACUGAAAUGGGAAUUAUCUGCAGUGACACCGGGAGACUUUCUUCUUCACAUUCUUAGGCGCUUGCCAGUUGAUCAUCAAAUAUGGGAUACCACAAUGAUCUUGAGGCACGCCCAAACAUUCAUUGCACUUAGCGUUAGAGAAUUCAAAUUUUUGAUGUACACUCCAAGUAUAAUUGCCGCUGCCAGUAUCGCUGCUGCUCUUCACGGUCUCGAUUGGACGCGAAAAAGUGGUUUUGGACUCUCCUACCUCCUGGAUGAACUUACCCGCAUAACAGCUAUCGAACGAGAUUAUCUCCAAGGAUGUCUGGGUCAGAUUGAGGAAAUGGUCACAGAAGCGAGAGGCGGUAACUCUCAUCAGGUGGCUACUGCAGCAGCAGCAUCACAAUCCUCCUCAGGCACCAUGGCGUCACAACAAAGGCCUUUGGGGGACCAGAUCUCUAGUCAGGACAAGAUUUUGGAGCACGAGAAAGCUGGCACACCAACAGACGUUCGAGAUGUUCAUUUCUAAACAACAAUCUUGUAUCCUGACAAGGGAUUUUUGUCUUUUCUUUUAUAUUCAUUUUAUUUCCACUAUUGAAGGAGGAAACAAAAAAAAAUGUGAAAAAUUUUUGAGCGAAGGAGACUGAAAAAAAAAAAUGAGAAGAAGCCAAGGUGUGUGGUGUGAAUCACAAUCGAAUUUUUAGUGCACACAAAAGCAACGCCUCCUGAAUUGUGAUUGGUUCCCUGGUGGUUUUUAAAACUUUUCAAUAAGAAGAAAUGUUUUUAAUUUCGAAGAAUUGAAGAUGUCCAUAAAUAUCUGUGUAAGAAAAUUUUGCGAUUUUUUUUUAAAUUGCCGAAAAAACCAAAAAAAAAAGAAAAAAAAAUUAUAAAUCAUCAUGUGGGAGGCGUUCUGGGGGAAGGCAAUGCAAUACGCUUUACGCAUUAAUUAAUUAAGUAUACUUAAUUUUUAGCCGACGAUUAUUAUUAUCUUGUAUCACGGUUUCAAACUAACGAAGAAAGCGAAAACAAAAAAAAAAAAUUCAUUAAUAGUCGACAUAUCGAGUCAUUUAGCGCGUGUAUAUAUAGAAAAAAAAAAAUAUUAGUUAGGCAGGAAGCAACGAAUUAAUAAGUUUAUCAGGAUCAUAUAUUUGAUACUAUUGUUUACCUUCUGCGUACUUUUCUUUUUGUCCAUUGAAUUUUAAUCCCGAAAAUUGAAAGGCUCGAGAAACUAAAACUGUAAAAUUGAAUUUCAUAUCUUUUUCUUUCUCAGGAUUCUACAAUAUUUUUUAAGUGUAGCUGUGUAAAUCCGAAUAAUUUGGCUUUCUAAUUUCGAGCCAAAGCGAAUAUAUUAAUGUGUUAGUGAAGAGAGAUCCAUUACCAAGUCAAAGCCAUUUUUCAGUCUAUUCAGUUUUAUUUCAAAAGUAUUCCGCUUUUAUUUUCUCUUCUCAUAACAUGUUGAUUUUUGCUUUUUAAAUACUUGAAAAACGGGUUGAGAGCGAAGCUUGUGGAAAAUGUUCUCAGUAAAUAUUACUUUCCAUUUUACAUUCAAUUAAAAAGACUCUAAUGUAAAAGCAGCGAUCGUAUAAAAUAUAUAUAUAUAAAUAAAAAUACAGUGCAACAAAACGACAAGGAAAAGAAAAAAAAUGCAAAUGAAACGCAGAAAAUUUUUGUAAAUAACACCGUCAUAUUGUAAGAAUGUAACUGUAAGACUUAAUAUAUAAGUAAAUCUACACUUGUAAAAAAAGAAGAAGAUGGAAUGCGAUUGAGACAGCACUAUUGCGUGAGUGAGAACGAUUUUUGAGCGUUGUGGUUUUAUUUUUAAGUUUUGUAUAAAAAAAAAAAAAAAGACCCUCACGGGGUCUGGAGUGCGAGAAACAAAAAAUAUUUCUUAGUACUUAAUUGAGAAAAUGACCGACAUUUUUUCGCUAAUUUUAAGCAGUUCGAAUGGCGUAGAUUUUAAGCAAAAGAGCAAAUUUUUUUCGUUCUUUGUGCUCUUCUUCGAUGCGCAAGCAGCAAUUCAUAGUCAAGUCUUAGCAGCGCGGGGACCACAAUAGACUGGUUAGCAAUUAAAUUUACACGCUCGAGUUGAUUGUUUUUCGAUUUAUAUAUUUAUAAAAAAAAAAUUAUUUAAAAAAAAAAAUUUUCUUUUGUGAACAAAUUUUUUUCAUUUAUAAAAAAGUUUUUAUUUGUAAAAAGAAUAUUUUCAUAAUAUUUAAAAAAUUAUAGUUAAUGCAAUUACUAAUUUGAACAUUAAAUUAGAUUUGCAAAAAAAAUAAAAAAAAAAAACACGAAAAAUUACAUUUAACAAUUGAAAGAAAAAAAAAAUGUAAAAUAAAUAUUACAAUUUAAAUAUAAAAGAAAUUGUCAAAUGUGAAGUAAUGUUAAAAACAAAACUUCCUAUUUUAAAAAUAAAAACCAAAAGUUUGAAUGAAAAGUAUUUUAAAACAUUUUAAUUUUUCAUUAAAGCAAAAAUGAAUUAGAAAGAAUUUUCAUUUUGAAAAAAUGAAAAUUGUAAUUUUUUUUUUUAUCUGUCAAAUAUACAAAUAGUUAUAAACUAUUUAAUAUAUUGAUAUUAUUAUAAAAUAAUAAAUUACACUGUUGAAUAAAAAAAUAAUACUUUUUUUCACAUGAAUCAAAAAGUCAACAACUCGAGUUUCAAAUAUGGCGUUGCGCUCGUGAACACAAUAAUUCUGUGCAAUGAUUUUUGUUUUAUUUUUAAUUCAUUUAAGUUUCAUAUAGAAAUUUUCGAUUUGUAUUUUUUUUCUUUUUUUUUUUUUUUGUCAAUAAUUGGUUCUUUUCGGUUUAUUACGUAGCGAGCACGACGCCACGAUAAAAACUAGUUAUAGUUCAUAAUUUACUGUCAACCAAAUUCUAGUACAAUGAAUAGGAAUGAAAUAAUAUAAAAAAAAAAAUAUCUCGAGCACCGGAAUCGCCGUUAAAUAUGUAUGCUCUUUUGAAUGGGUGAAAAAAAAAUGUUGAUAAAAAUGUUCGUGGUGUAUAAGAGAGAAAUAUGUAUAGUUUUAUCGCCGCGAUACUAAGAAUUCGUGAUUUGUAAAAAGGGGGGGUCACGAAAAUGCCAAACUCGAUUUUUUUUUUCUUUCGACAAUAAUAUUCUAAUCGAGUCGUGUCGCCAUUUCUCAAAAUCGGGACUUGGGUGAUUUUCUAUCAUCUGAUUCACGUCUAAUAUAUUAUUGGAAUUGAAACGACGUUGAUAAAGUAUUGAUGAAAAUUCAAGCGCGAUUUUUCAAGAUCUAGUCAUUUAAUUUCUCACUCAUUCUUGUAAUGUAUCUCUCCCCCCCCUUACCCGUUGAAAAUGAAAAAAAAAAAAAAAAGAA